GCCAGCCCGGCCGGCUCUGCGGGGAGGCGGCUGCCCGAGCGGGGCCGCCCCCGCGCAAUCCCGCCGCCCCGCGCCGCCUGGACCACUGGGAAGAUGGAUGGGCACGUCCUGGGAUGGAUCGUCCUGCUGUGGAUCGCAGCUGAGGUGGAAGGGUUGCAGGUCACUGUGCCAGAGAAGAAGAAGGUGGCCAUGUUAUUUCAGCCUGCUCUGCUUCGUUGCCAUUUCUCCACUUCUUCCACCCAACCAGCUGUGGUACAGUGGAGGUACAAAUCCUACUGCCAGGACCGGAUGGGAGAAGCUCUGGGUAUGGUGACUUCAGGAUUGCAAACAAUGAGCAAGAGGAACCUGGACUGGGAUCCCUACCUGGACUGUGUGGACAGCAGGAGGACAGUCCGUGUCGUGGCCUCCAAGCAGGGAUCUGCCAUCACCAUAGGAGACUUCUAUAAGGAAAGAGACGUCAGCAUUGUCCAUGAUGCAGACCUGCAAAUCGGGAAGUUGAUGUGGGGAGACAGUGGCCUGUAUUACUGCCUUAUCAUCACACCUGAUGAUGUGGAGGGCAAGAAUGAAGAAUCAGUGGAGUUGCUUGUUCUUGGCAGGACAGGGCUGCUUGCUGAUCUCUUGCCCAGUUUUGCUGUGGAGAUUAUGCCAGAGUGGGUCUUUGUGGGCCUGGUGAUCCUGGGGGCGUUCCUGUUCUUCCUCCUGGUGGGGAUCUGCUGGUGCCAGUGCUGCCCACACAGCUGCUGCUGUUACGUCCGCUGCCCCUGCUGUCCCGAGUCCUGCUGCUGUCCCCGGGCGCUGUAUAUAGCUGGCAAAGCAGCAAAAGCUGGAUACCCUCCUGCAGUCUCUGCCAUGCCAGGUCCAUACUACAUCCCCAGUGUUCCUGUAGCUGGUGUCCCGUCUCCUGCUGUGCUGAUGGAUAAGUCACACCCCCCUCCCUUAGCCCCAAGUGAGGCCAGCGGAGGAAGCCAAAAUGCAGUGCGCAAAGGGUACAGGAUCCAGACUGACAAGGACAGGGACUCCAUGAAGGUGCUGUACUAUGUCGAGAAAGAAUUGGCUCAGUUUGACCCGGCUAGGAGGAUGCGAGACCGAUAUAACAACACUGUCUCUGAGCUGAGCUCGCUGCACGAGGAGGACCUGAACUUCCGCCAGCCCUACCGGCAGGCGCGGAGGAAGCCUCUGCCCCCCGCGGGGGACAUGGACGGCGACGCCGAGUACUGGGCAGGAGUCGUGGGCAGCGGCAGCACCUCCAGAUCACAGGCUGUGUCUGAUUACAGGGAUGAGCGGGACAGCUACUGGCACAGCCAGCAGAGAUCCAAGUCGGAGAUGCUGUCCCGUAAGAGUUUCUCCGUGGGAGUGCCGGCCGUGUCCAUGGACGAGCUGGCGGCCUUUGCCGAGUCCUACAGCCAGCGGCCGCGGCGGGCGGACAGCCAGGAGAUGCGGCGCUUCGAGCGCUCCGAGUCGCACGGCGGGCGUGGCGGGGGGCUGCCCCACCAGGACAGCUCCCUGGAGGAAUACUACACCAAGCGCUGCAGGGGCAACCGGGAGCCGCUGACGGACUCGGAUCGGGGCUGGUCCUACAGCCCGCCACGGAGACGGGCCCACGAGGAGAAGCACCUUCCCAGGCUGGUGAGCAGGACGCCCGGAGGGAGCCAGAAAUACGAUCAUUCCUACCUCAGCAGCGUCUUGGAGAGGAAAUCCCGGAGCUAUGACGAGAGCGGUGACCAUUGUGCGACCCCCUCGAAGCUGAGCUCGCAGCCCAGCCAGAGAGGAGGCAGCACGUACUACGCCUGGUCACCACCCUCCACCUACAAAGCCGAGAAGUCGCAGCCGCCGCCGCAGCAGUCGUCGUCCCCCGAGCAGGACGAGGAGGAGGAGGAGGACAGCCUGCCCCCCUACAGCGAGAGGGAGCUGAGCCGAGGCCCUUCCUACAGGGCCAGGGAACAGGCCUACCUCAAUGCCUCUGACAAGAAGAGGAAAAAGGACCCCAAGAAAACAAAUGAUUUCCCAACAAGGAUGUCCCUUGUGGUUUGAACUUGUUGUGGACCUGUCAUGUUGAUGGGCUGGAUGUCAUGAAGUGACUGCAGAGAAGAUGCAGAGCAACAAGCAAGACAUGCCUCUGUGAACCUUUGCAGCCAUCAGCCAUGGACUGUUUCAAUUUUUUCUUUCAUCCAGGGGAGCUGAGGCUUUUGUAAGAGCCAGACUCCCAUGGACAGCACUCUAUCUCAGAGGCUCUGGGAAUCUGCCAGGAAAAUGAGGCUAGGGCUCUCUUUGGCACCCUGUUUUCCAGCGCCCUCCAUUCUGCACUGGAGGGCAGCCACAUUCCUACUGUCCCUGCAGCCCUCCCUGCAGCCCUGAACUACAAAUGAGCUGCCUUUGUGCCUCUUGCCCUGUCCCAUGUGCAGAGGGAGGCCUGUGUACCUCUUGCUCUCUCUGUCUCCUCAGUUCUGUUUGGAUCAAAAUUGUUUCCACACUGAAAGCUUUUUCUGUAUCACCCCUGUGCUGGGAGGAGGCCUUGUUCUUACAACUGCAGACUGCCUCCAGCUGAUCAGGCCCUAAGUCAUGAAAGAAAAUCCACAUCCUUUCAGACACUGUAAGAAAAUGACUGAUGAGAUGUUACCUUGAUAAGGGCUGAAUGGGGAAAGAGACAAUUAUGAGUUGGUUUGUUCAAUAUAUUUAGUUCUGUUCGUUGUGUGAUGAGAGUUGCAGGUGAGAUUGAUGUAUUGUUUUGAAAGUGGGUCAAAGUAGCUUUUAUUGUGAUGAGAGCAUGAUUUGUUUCCCCCCUGCCCCCAACUGUGUUUUGUUUUGAUGCUGUUGCAUUUCCUUGCAGCUCAACUGUGCCCCUGUAGAGCUUCAAGCUGGAGUACCUACUCUGCUGUUUUAAAAGCAGUGCUCUAGCCUUCCUACUGCUCUGCUUCCAGCACCACCAGACACUUCUGCCACUCUAGUGAGUGGCUUUUUUGUUUCAAGGAAGCAAAAAGGGGACAGUAUCAGUAUCAAAGGGCAGCUGCAGACCAUCAUCCUGUGCCGCUGGUAUCAAUCCUUUCUGGGAAUAGUUUCCCAGGAGAAACUACUGCUGAAGAGAGCAGGAACAGCAGUGGGAAAAGAACAAGCACUGUGGAUGGAUACCAGCUUUGAAAGUCAUCUUUUUCACUUAAAACUAUUCCAUUCACUUUGGUUGGGAUGUGGUUUUAGUGGCUGUUGUCUCAGGAAUAGCUUUAUUUAGAAGUGAGUGCUUCACACCAUUUGGAAGCCUGACAUUCUGGUUUUCAUAGAGUAUUAUGCAGUCAUUUAUUUAGCUGCUAAAAUCAUCAUGUGAGGGAAGAUGAUGGGAACAUUUUAAGGUCCAGUAUCUUAUUUCCUAUUAUACCUAGAAACAACUUAGUGCCCUGUUGUGUUAGGGACAUUAUCAGCCUCUGAAAUAACAUCUUUGUUGUUCCUCUGGGAAUUUGGGAAGCUGUCUGGCCUCACAUGCUUAUACUGGCAGUACUGUUUUUAAUGUCACUGCAGUUCUCCAUAAAAAUUAUAGAUUAAUUUCUGUAUUACUCCUUUGCCAGAUAGUUUACCCACCAGGAAUGGUCAGAGGAGAGGAAAACUAAUCCCCAUAGAUUUGAUGUCAGUUUUCAUGUGAGAGGGUGAGUUGAUGAAAGGAAAACAUUCUUCUCCCAUGCUCCUCUAGUGAUGACUGUAGUUUUGGAAAUCCCAGUCCUGGGUCUUCCUGGCCAGAGAGAAAUUAGCCAGCAGGAGCAUACAAUUGUGGAAUUGAGAAUUGUUUGUGCAGGAGGUAUCCUUUAAAAAUUUCAACAUUUAAAGUUUCAAACCUCUGUGAAGGGAAGGGAUGUCUUCUACAUAGGAGGUUGCUCAAAGCCCCAUCCAGCUGGGGCCAUGAACACAUUCAGGGAUAGAACAUUCACAGCUUCUCUGGGCAACCUGUUCCAGAAUUUCAUCACCCUCACAGUAAAGAAUUUCUUCCUUGUAUCUAAUCUAAAAUUACCCUCUUUUACUUGAAAAUCAAUGUAAAAUGCCCAUAUCCAACUUUCUUGUAGGCCCCUUUAGCCACUGGAAGGUUCUAAGGUCUCCACUGAGCCUUCUCUUCUCCAGACUUAACAGUGCCGACCCUCUCGGCCUGUCUUUAUAGAAGAGGUAUUCCAGCCCCUCUGACUAUUUUUGUCUCCCUCCUCUGGAUCUGCUCUAACAGGUUCAUGUCUUUGUGUGGGUGGUCCCAGAGUUGAAUGCAGUACAAUGUGGGGUCUCAAGAGAAUGGAGCAGAGGGAAAUUCCACUCCUUGGUCCACUCCUUGGCUGGCUGGUCACUCACCUGAUGCAGCCCAGGAUAUGGUUGGUUUUCUGGGCAGUGAGACCACAUGGCUAGCUCAUGUCCAGUCUUCAUCCACCACUGUAAAAUUAUAGAAUUGUAGUGUGGUUUGGAAGAGACCUUAAAGAUCAUCUAGUUCCCCAAGUCCCUCUCAGGCCUCCCAGUCCAUUCUUCCCCCAGUGUGCAUCAAUACCAGGGAUUGCUCUGACUCAGGUGUAGCACCCCACACUUUGCUGAGGUUCUCAUGGGCCUGCUCCUCAUGCCUGUCCCAGGGUCACUCUGAAUGGCAUCCCUGGCAUCAUCCAGCUUGGUGUCACCCACAGACUGCUGAGAGGGCACUCAGUCCCACUGUCUGUGCCAUUAAUGAAGGUUGAAUAGUGUCAGCCUUGGUGCAGGCCCUUGAGGGACAACACUUGUAACUGAUGUCCUUUUGGACACUGAGCCAUUUACUGAUGCUCUGGAUGUGGCCAUCCAGCCAAUUCCUUGUCCAUCUAGCAGUCCAUCCAUCAAACCCAUCUCUCUCCAGUUUAGAAAUUAAAUGUUGUGUGGGACUGUGUCAAAGGCCAGAAGUCAAGGUGCAUGACAUCAGAUGUUUUCUUAUCCAUCAGUGCAAUCACUCUGCCAAGAAGGUCUCUGAGUAAGCAGGUGUGAUUUGUCCCUGGUGAAGCCAAGCCAGCUUUAAUCACUUCUCUCCCAUCCAUCUCCCCUGAGAUGGCUUUCAGGAGGAUCUUUCAGGGCACAGAGGCGAGGCUGAUUGGUCAAGAGUUCCUGGGGCCCUGUUCUUUUAUCCCUUUAAAACGGGUCUGAUGUUUCCCUUCUACCAGCACUGGGGACCUGACUGCCUGAGUGUCAUGACUUUUCAAACAGGGAGAGCAACUUAGCAACUGCAUUUACCAUCUGUCUGUAUUAUGGCUGGAGAGACGUAACAUUUUAUGUAUUUUAAUCUUUUUUUUACCAUUAAUUGUGUGUUCUUAGGAAAAUCAUAGCACAGUUAGCAAGAGGUGGGCAGGUGCCUGCCAUCUGAGGUCUCUGAGGCUUUAAGAAGUCUACAGAGCUACACUCCAUGCUGUUUUAAAUCAAACAUUUAAUUCCUGACAUAUGAGGAUUUUAGUAAGUUGGUAUUUUGUUAGUCUGAAAACCUUGGCAACCCCUGUGCCAUGAAUUUCAAGGCAGUUUAGCCUGCUAUAAUUUCCCUUAGCCCCAGGAAACACUUGACAUAGAAAUUUGAAAGUGCAUCUAACUAUGCCAGAAAGGGGCCAAACCAGCAGUUUUACAGUCUCUGAAUACCUCUGUAUUUUAAAUAAUACUGAAAGCCUGAGUAUUACAAUCAUCUCAUUUCAGUUAUGUUCUGUCCCUUAUCUCAGUCACUCUAGUUUAUUUGAUCAAGCCCUCAGGAAUGAGCUCUGUGUAUUAAAAAUACAAGUCUUCAUUUAUUUGAGUCAGUUUUGUUUGUGCAGUGCUGGUACUUUGGUGUAUCUGUGCACUGUGUGUAAGAAGUUGCCAUUUAUGUAUCUAGCUUAUAAGUAAGUAGUUGCAAGCUAAUUAUUUUAAGAAAACUGUUCUAAUUGUACAAACAACUGUUUGUGAGAAUUUGGAAACAUCUCUUGAAUCUAAGUACCUGGAAAAGUACUAAAGAUUUUAUGACUAGUGAUUCUGUGAGUUUUACCAGAUGAUAAAAGUUUCAGCUGCAGAAAAAAGGAGGCCUUAAGUCCCUUAAGUCAGAUCUGAGCAUCAGCAACCUUGCUCUACAAUUUUGGAUUUGUAUCUCUGUACAAAUCUGCAGGAAUUUUCAGUUACUAAUCAUGUCUGUCCUCAGGCCACCUUUAUUUUUCCCAUUAGAAAUGUGUCUGCAGCAGCAGCAAAUGGACCAAAUCAAGAAGUGAGGGGUGACUAGAGAGUGUCUGCACAGCUACACAACCCUAAUGACCUGUGACUCCUGCAGCAGGGGAGCAGGGGCCCAGAGACUGACAGACAGCUAGAGAGGAGCCUCAUGUUUCAGGAGAGAAGUAAUGGUUUGUGUCUGUGCCAUCUUUCAGAACACCUGCAGAAUGCUAGUGCUGGGAAAUAAUGAGCCUGGUUAAUAUGGGGUCUUAAAUUAUAAGUUUUCCAGUGAUGAAUUUUAUUGCUGGCAUAAAAUUAAAAUCCUUUUCUUACUAGAUACAGAUGUCUGGGUCAUGUCAAGGACAUGGAGAGGUUUGUAGUCUUAAAAUGACAGCAUCACAACAGUGAUAUGCUAAGAAAAUAGAUAAUGAGAGAGAAUCCUGUAAAAAUUUAAAAGAGCCCCUAGAUCAAAAGCAGGAUCAAGCUUUAGCAGUAGAUUUGGCUGUACUGUCAAAAAAAGUGAUCUUGGCUACUGGAGAAAAAAAAGGUUUUGACAUAAUGGAAUGGGAAAAUAAAUAUCAAUGGUAAUGACUUCUCAUCAAUCCCAUUAUUCCUUUAAAGUACAUUGUAAAAGUUCCAGUGGGUGGUUUCGGUGUGAACAUCCUCAGAACACUCCAUUUCCACUGAAAGGGAAAAUUAACAAAACUAGCACUCUGAAUACUUUAAAUUUUUGAUAAACCCUCAACAUUUAUGAUCUGAAACAGGCAGCCAGAAUUGCUCAGGUCUUUGUGCUGACAUAUGGUAAAAGGGACUGGAGUUUUAACUUCUCCACCUUUGUUACUGGUGUUGGGUCAGGGGUGGCUAUCAGCACCCCAGAGCUGCAUCUCUGAGAGAUAAAGGACAGCUUCUGGGAGAGACCCCUGAGAAGGAGCAAUCACAAAAUAUUUCAGCAGUCAAACCUUGCCACAAGCUGUUCCAGGUACAUAAAGGCAGCAUCACAGUGUUUAUCAUGCCUGGGCUAUUCUGAAAAUAAUGUUAGUGAUGUGGAGAUCAUUGAGAAACUGCAUGGAGCUGUCUUUUUCUCCAGGUAGCUUUCACACAAGAUGUGGGUGAGGAUCCGUUCUUCGUCACCAAGUACUGGGUUUGGCACAUGUGGAAAUAAAAGCUAAAAUGGGCUUUAGCCCAUUUUUUACUGGAGCAAAGUAGAAUCCAGGAACAAAGAAGCCUUUGGCAUCUACCAGGUGCUGCAGAUUUGCCCCUGUAAUUCCAGAAACCUCUGUGGUGUAGUGUCUUCACCAGGCUUUGCCAGCUGUACAUGCUUUCUACAACACCUGUGAUAUUGAAACCACUCUCAUGUCACCUGAGGCUUGUAAAGUCCUUUUCUCAUUUCCUGGAAUAUCAGAGAAGGUAUCUACUGCAUGAUGUGAAGGAACAGCUAUCAUUUUGAUGUGAUCUCAAAAAUGCCAGCUGGAUUUACCAGCAUUAGAAACAGCAGAAAUUUAAAGUUAGCUAAUAUUGAAGGAAGGAACCUGCCAUGAUUUCCAUGUGAAUGCUUUUCUGACCUUUAUAAUUCUUUCUGACGUUCACCCCUGCCUGCACAGGGGCCCUUGCCAGAGGAGGCCAUCACCUCUUCUCCCUUUUGCCUGUCAUUUUUUGUCAUGCUUGUAAUGCUUCUAUGACCCCUCUGCUUUCCUUUGGCUAUUUCCAGUCAGCCUUUAAUGUGGUGCCUUGGGGUUCCAACUGGUUUGGAUGUAGAAUAAGUGGCAUUUUGUAAAAGCACUUUUACCUCCUAUAAAAACAAAAAUUACAGAAUGCCCCAACAAAACCCCAAGCCCUCUAGAUAGUCUCUCAAGCCCAAGCAGGGGUGUUACUGGAAACAUUUUAAAAAUUAAAGCUGAACAUAAUUUCAAAAUUGGUCAGUAUUUUUUUUAACCCCAGGGCAGCUGCAGUCAGAGCUGUGGAGUGCAAACAGCAGGAGCAAAUGCAUUCAGGUUUCAUUGUCCUUGGUGAGGGCAGUGGCAGAGAGGAACAGCAUUUAAUGAGUCAGAAAGCAAAUGGAGUUCCAAGGUGCUAUUACUUGCAUGUGAGUUACAAGUGUGAACUAGAAGCUGACAGGCUUGGCUUAAAAGCAAAAUUCAGUCCAGGGAAACUUGAGCCCUGGCCCAGGAGUACAGUUCUCUUGCUGUUUACAGAUGGGCUGGGCUUUUUUCCUGCCUCUGUUGCUGCCUGCCACAGCCAUUUCCCAGCCAUCACACAGUGAGUGAGUGGCUUUCUUUUCUGCUGUUAUUUUACUUAGAUUAUCCUCCCCUGUAAUGAACUUUUUCAAUAUGAGGGGAAGAAGAAUGUAACAAUACUCUAUAAUGAAAAUGUAACACUUUUAUAGCUUUUUGGUAGACAUCCACAUCCCCAGUUACCAAGCAUUAUACAUUUGCCAUGCGUACAGCAUCGAAGUCAUUGCCUUUGAGUUGUCACCAUGGAGAAUAAAAGCAGGAAAAGCUCCCACCAAUCUGCCUUUUUAUUAUCCUGCAGGCAAAUAAUUUGCCCAGUUUUUGCUAAGAUGUGAGCAGUUUACAUGAAUAGUUUUCAACCCAUUUUUUUGAUUACUGGGCAAUAAACCAAAUAUUCUCCAGUGGAGCAGCAGACCCUCCAUAAAUAUCAUACCAUUCACAGGAUAACAGAAAAUACAUUCUGCCCACCAUUUUCAUACAAAAAAAUCCAUGCAGGUACUCUAUGGAGUCGAACUCCUUCAGAGGAAGGAUAAACUCUCCUCUGUUCUUGCAAAUGUAAAACCUUAUUUUUAAUUCAGAAAGCCUUUAUCUUUUUAUUUGAGGCAUGUUCUUUUCUUUUGGCCUCUUUGUCCUUAGGUCUGCAGUACUCUGGAUUAUUUUUGUGUCAUAAACAAUUAGCUUCAUUCAGAUCCUGUCUCAGUAUUGGUUUAAGACUCACAUUAUUUGUAGGAGUCACCUAAGCAGCAUUUACGUGUUUAGAUCAUGUCUGAUAGGUGUUAUCAGCAGUCAGGUGCAGGAGAAACAGCUCCCAGCUCUGCCCUGUAUUUCCCUGUGCAAGGCACAGCAUCCCUUUGCUCUGAAAAUUGUCACUCAUCCUCUCUUUUAUCACCUAAAAAAGUGCUCAGUGCUCUCAGUAAAAGUGCUCAGUGUUUCUUCAGGCUUCUUUAUCACUCCUGUCUGUCCCUCAAUGCUCCCCCUCUGCAGAAGUCUCCAAGCCAACAUGGAGCAAGAAAGGUGUCCAUCCAUAGCUUAAAGCCUAAUGAGGGUGAGGAAGACCUGACAACAGAAACACGGAGAGGUCACCCAGCUCAGAGCUCUGCAGGAAGUCACUUCUGGGUGGGAAAGUGUCCGUGCCAGCCAAAAUGAGAUGCCCUGCAGCUCCCACAGGAAUUCCUGGUUGCAACUUGUGCACUUAUCCAUGAGCAUCUGGCUGUAGGUACAGGUUUGUGAUUCAGGGCCAUUUCUGAAUUAGAGAAAGAAGCCUGAAGAAAAUGCCUCAAAUGGCACAGGACCACUUAUUACAGCAGGUGUAGUGUUUUCAUUUAAUCCUUGCUGUGUGACAGAAAUCCUUUCUGCUUACAUGACAUGUUGGUUUCCAUCAGCCUCUCCAGAGCAGGUGGGAGUGAUUUUCAUGUCCUAGUUAUCAGAUCUUCUCUUUGAGCAACAAAUCACUCAGUGCACUUGUCUCUGAAUAGGUACUGCAGGGUAGUGAGAGGCAGAGCUCCAACUGGUUGCAUAUUACACUCAAGAGCCUGCUAAAUCAUUAAUUAAUUUAGUCUCUCAAAAUUCUCUGUUUCCUGGCAAAACCAGAAUGUGUCUUUCUACAGGCCUCAGGCCUGCUCACCUUGGAGUUAAAAGUUUUGGCAAGGAGUUUUAACAUCAAGUAGUGUGGAGAUCAGGUAAAGCAGUAGCACAAAAAGCUAAAAGCUUUACCUUGUGUAAAGUGUGUAAAAGGUGUGUAAAGUGUGUAAAAAGUGUAAAGAUACACUGCCCACUGUUGUGUCCUUCCUAAGGACCGGUAUGUCUACUAGUCAUUACUAAAUUUAUGUGCAGUGACAGAAAAGUCACCCAUGGUCCUUGCAAAUGAACCUCUGGCAGGAGGAUGUAGAGGGAAAUAUGGGCCAAAGCAAGACAGCCAAAUGAGAAUGCCCAGAGGCCUCUGGCCCCUGGCCCUGUUGGAAGGACAUAGCCCAGCAGGAUCUACUGUUGCUGGCUCUGGGGCUGCCCUCAGGGAACAGCCCCGCUGCUGACAGCAUCCCUGACAUGGGGUUUGCAACCCCUCUCAUCUUCACAUCACUGAUUCUGUAAGGAAGCUGAGGUCACUAAAUUGAAGGCUAUUUUAGCUAUGUAAACUCUCCUGCAUUUCUCUUUCAGAUUUUUGGCAAUUUUGGGCAAUUUUUGAAGAGUAGACCUAUGCAUUUAAAGUUUGAACAAUAGCUGUCUAAAAUGCAGGUCCUACAAAUCUUCAUGCAUGAACUUGGCCACAGUUACUGAGUGCAUACAGAAAGGGUGUGUGGACCUGGUACCUGGAAUGCUUUUCUUUAUAACUUGGAGUCUCAGCUUCUUGAGCUGAAGCUUUCAGCACAGUCAAGUGUUCAGGAUUUCUGAGAGAGUAAAAAGACUCAAAUUGGUAAAACCACAGUGCACACAACACCCCAGUGCAGCCAAUUUACAGAGAGAGCAAUGUGCAACCCUGGCAGCCAGAGCCAACUGAUGCAACUUGGAACUGGAUCUUUGUGGAGCUGAGCUGCCAAGGCUUGGACAUCACUUGGUCCCAUGCACUGGAAGGCCUUCACCCCAUGGACAGAGUGAAAGAACUUGUGUGGGUAGCAGCCUCUGAGCCUAAGGUAUGUUUUAAUUAGUACUGGGGGAGGGAAAUUAUGAAAUGUGUUUGGAGUUUGGAUGUUUCUUUUUUUUUCUUUUUUUCCCCUCUUUAAAUAGAAAUAUAUAUUUAUAUAUAUAAAAGUUUUUGUCUUUGCUCCUCAGAAGAGGGAUCUGAGGCUGCCUUCUGUUCAGGCCAGUAUGGUGCUUGAAUGAAAAAUUUCUCUCACCAGUUUCAGUAAAAUGCAACUUAGGCUGGUUCUUGUGAAUAGCUGUAAAAGGAAAGUUACUGUAGCAGAGCUCUGUAAUCAAGAGGUCUCCAUGGACAGCCUGUCAUCCUGAUGAGAGACACUUCUUAAUUAAGAGAAGAUGCUGCAUUGUAGAUGAAACAAUUCCUAAGUGUUCCAACUUCCCUCAUCAUAUCAAUGAGCUUGGAGUUACAGAGCUCCCAAAAACAAAGGGAUUUAGAGGUUUUCAAGAUAAUUAUAAGUCUAUAUAAAAGUUAAACACUCAAGCAUGUGCAGCAUGCAGAGAACAUAUUUUAAAAUGUGUUUGAAGAGCAGAAGCCUAAUUUUGUAUUACUUCAAAGAUCUUUGAAAGGCAGAGUGUGGAUAGCAUCCCAAGUAUUACUGGGAACAUCUGAGAUCCACACACUUCUGUGAAAAGCUCAACCUUACUUGCAAGAAAAUCAAUGUAAAAACUUCCCUUGCAGCUAAGCUUAAUGGAUUUCCUGUUUCAGCAUCUAAAUUACACUUGAUUUCAUGAUUAAACUAGUUCAGAUUAAUGGGAAAACAAAAAAAAGUAAUGGUCUAAAUACUGGGCAAACUGUUUAGGUGAGUGAGGGAGAACACUGGUGUUUGUGAGGCUGCCAGUAGGGAGGAGGAAAACAGAAAAGGAAAAGGAAAACAGCUGCCUGCAGGUUAACACUAAAUUCUAGCAAAGGGAAGGGUAACACACUGGUGUACUUCAGCACAUCAAGUGGCAACACAAAAAUGCUGCAUGAGCAUCGAUCACCUUACUCAGCUGAUUAGGACUCUUAUGUUGUUUCACCCACGUAUAGUACACCCCCAGGGAGUGAACCUGGGUGCUGUCCCUGUCCAUCUGCUCUGCAUAAGGUAUUAGUGUACUAUAUUCUCUCUAUAUAGUAUAUUCUGGAGUAAAAUUGUUUGCCACAGCCCACAUUCAGUCACUCACUGCCAGAUGAACAGGGCUGUCCAUGGGGGCACUUGCAGCAAGAGCUAGAAGUCUAGAAGACCAAGGCAUGAGAUGCAUCAAAACCAACAUAUUGUCCAGGCCACAGCUAGUUAGGUGGCAACCUGGUGUUUUUAGAACAUGACAGCCAGCUCUCUGAGAAGUCAUGCAGUCAGGCCAAAUCCUCACAGCACUUUUGUUUGCCAUCUCUAGAAAGAGGCUGAUCCCCAAAUGGCCUAUUCUUCUUGUACCUCAAUGAAUGACUAGGAGAGAAUAAGAAAAUGUCCUCCGAUAUUCAUAGUUCUCCCACUCUGCCUGGCUCCCAGCUAAGGGAACCUGAAUUAACCAUGUAAUGAAGCUGAACUGGGUGCUAUAGGCUCUGAACCAGGGGAUUUAUAAUGACUGAACAGAGAGAGCACAAAGUGCCCUGGCUUGUCAUGGCAGGAGUGGAGAGUAAGGGCACAGCAGCAGUGCCCCUGUGAGGACUUAACUGGGUGCAGGUAAUGCCCAUCAGCAGGCUCUCCAUGAGCCUAGUUUGAAAACUAACAGAAACAGUAUUAGAGCAGAAGAGUUCACCUGGGUUAAUACUGCUUGGCUUCUGUGCUCCUGGCACCUUUUACUCUGUAAAUGUCAUGUCCCUGGCCUUGCUUUGUCUAUUCUGCAAAUGUACACAAUUGGCUGCAACUCCAACUCUGAGGCAAGAGACAUCUUUUUGGCCACUUUAUGGGGGCAGAAUUAAUAUUCAGAAUAAAUAAAUGUUUUGGUAACAGCAUGUGCAGCAAGGACACCACCAAAAUGAAUAGUAGUUUCCAUCCUCUGGUGGCAAUGGACUUUCUGAUGGGGCUGGGAAUGCAGAAACAACAAAGGCUAUGUGUCAGGCUUUUUCAGGUCUAGCCCUUCUUAGAAACUUUAAAAAAAAAGAUGAAGAAAAGCAACAAACCUCUUAAAUGAUGUCAUUUUUGGGAACAAACAGCAAUACUGUCCACAUUAUUUCUUUCCUUUUUUUUUUUUUGGCCUGUCUUUUCUCUGACUCCAAGCCUCUCAGUGGUACAUACCGUGCUCCUCAUGAGCCUGUGGUCUAGAUUGGACUAAUCAAGUUUGGAAUGAAUUCUGAGAAGUCUGUCAUUUAAAAAUCAUGGAUCAUCUCAUGGAUCUUAAGAGUACAGCCAUGUGAACACUUAGCACAACUGUAUUAAUUCAGGCUCUCAGGGAGAAGGUGGGAGUAGAGACCAAAUUACUUAAACCAGAUCUGCUGCUGGUGGAGCAAGAAGUUGUGCACUUUGUGGCAGCAGUUGGUGGCUAAGGGAGGCAUGGAUGUAUCCACAUUACUCAGACAUUAAUUCCACUCAUAUUCUGGUCACAGCUUCCUUGUUUCCUAGGGAUCCUGUGCUCUUCAUGCUGGGCAUUCUCUCUUCCCUGAGUGAUUUCCCCCAUUUGGGAGCUCACCCCUGUGUGAAAGCUCAUUGUUUGCACCAGACCCGUGUAUGGUGCUGAAAAUAAAAAUUCUGUAGCACAACA